AUGGGUGAACCUAAAACUGAUGGCCCCGGUGCCGAGACCGGCGUUGCGGCUGCUUCGAACCCCCAACCCGGACAGGAGAACCUCGUGCUUCCGCUGGAAGGGAAUGCACCAACGGAGCCCUAUAGCAUCUUUUCUCGCACAGAGAAGUGGUUCAUUGUCGCAAUGGUCGCCGUCGCGGGAUUCUAUAGCCCGCUGCCGGCAAACAUUUACCUACCUGCUAUCCCGAAGCUAUCAGAAGCAUUCGGCAAGUCUGUCGAGCUUCUGAACUUGACAGUGACAGCCUUUCUGGCGACUCAGGGCGUGUCUCCGAUGCUAUGGGGACCCCUCUCCGACCGCUACGGGAGGAGGCCAGUUUUCCUAGUCUGCUUGACCAUUUUGAUCGGAGCGUGUAUAGGAAUAGCCGUAAUUCCUACAGACGCUUUCUGGCUCUUGAUCAUCCUCCGAUGCUUGCAGGCUGCAGGUUGCGCUAGCACAAUCGCUCUUGGUGCGGGUGUCAUCGGCACUUCGACUCCCGAGGAGAGGGGAGGAUUCUUCGGCACGUUCAAUCUGGGCCCUAUGCUUUCACCCUGUAUUGCUCCGGCGAUUGGUGGUGCACUUUCUGAUAAACUUGGCUGGCGCUCCAUUUUCUGGUUCCAGGUCAUCAUGGCUGUUUGCUGCCUUCUCUUCAUCCUUUUGUUCCUCCCGGAGACUCUUCGCAACCUCGUCGGCAACGGAAGUGUCUCUCUUGGUGGAGUAUACACCCCUCUUCUACCCGUAGUAGGUAGAUCUCGAAGGAAGAAUAAGAUCCAGGGCAACAAGCCCGGCGUCAAACGAUCAAUCAACCCUUUUGUCAUCCUCGUAUAUCCUGACGUCGCUAUAACCCUCACAUUCACGGGCGUCGUUUACGCAGUCAACAACACCGUUGUCACGACGGUUGCCUCUUCUUUUGCUAAAGUCUAUCCUUGGUUGUCCGAAACCGCCCUCGGUCUGUGCUACCUGCCCACGGGAUUCGGCAUGAUCGUUGGCAGCACUCUCACCGGCAAGUUCCUCGAUUGGGAUUAUGCUCGUAUUAAGAAAAAGGUUGAGGAAUCCGAUGGCGCUAUCUUGUUCCCUAAGGAGUAUGCACGUUUAAGGACCAUGCCCGUGUUACUGGUUCUUUUCUCCGGAGCUGUCAUAGCAUGGGGCUUUUGCGUCGACCGAGGGGUUCAUAUCGCUGUUCCUCUCGUCCUUCAGAUUGUCUUGGGGUAUACAUCGAUUGCUAUUCUCAACACAACCAUGACUCUGAUGAUCGAUAUUCUACAAACUAGGAGCUCGGCUGCGACAGCAUGUACCAACCUCGUACGCUGCUUACUGGCAGCCCUCUUGGUGGGUCUCAUCGACAGGAUGACGGCUGCCUUGCGCAUCAGUUGGAGUUACGUUCUACUGGGCGGCGUUUGUGCUCUACUCCUACCCCUCAUGUAUAUAGAAAUGAAGGUCGGGCCAAAGUGGAGAAUGAGGCGAGACUUGAAGUCCGUGGAUGACUAG